UAAUAAGACGAAAAACCAGAGAGAAGAGUAUAAAGUUGAGGUAGAGGGAGUUUUGCGGUUGAGUCCGAGCGGCCAUUGCAAGUAAUCUCUCGUUGUACGUUCUGAGCCGCGUAAGCACCGAGACUAAAUUUUAAUUAAAAUAUAUAAGUGUCAGAGAUAUUAAGCGCUUUUAAAUAAACUCAAAUCAAGGGCCAUUUUAGUCGCGAGGUGCACCCUGUGAAGCCCGGGACGCACAACAAAACCCGGCCCGAUGGCUGAGACAGAUAAAUUAAACAUUGACAACAUCAUCGCUCGACUCUUGGAAGUACGAGGAUCAAGACCUGGGAAAAAUGUCCAGCUGACAGAGGGUGAAAUCCGCGGGCUGUGUCUCAAGUCACGUGAAAUAUUUCUAUCUCAACCGAUAUUACUUGAGCUAGAGGCACCGUUGAAAAUAUGCGGUGACAUUCAUGGGCAGUACUACGACUUACUACGGCUCUUUGAAUACGGCGGGUUUCCGCCUGAGAGUAACUACCUCUUCCUGGGUGACUACGUCGACAGGGGGAAACAGUCGUUAGAAACUAUAUGCCUGCUUCUUGCAUACAAGAUCAAGUAUCCAGAGAACUUUUUCCUGCUACGAGGUAAUCACGAGUGUGCCUCUAUCAACAGGAUAUACGGAUUUUAUGAUGAAUGCAAACGUCGUUACAAUAUUAAACUUUGGAAGACAUUCACGGACUGCUUCAACUGUCUACCCGUGGCAGCGAUCGUCGACGAGAAAAUAUUCUGCUGUCACGGUGGGCUCAGUCCGGAUCUACAGAAUAUGGAGCAAAUAAGACGUAUUAUGCGGCCGACUGAUGUUCCUGACCAAGGAUUACUGUGUGAUCUUCUUUGGUCUGAUCCAGACAAGGACACUAUGGGCUGGGGUGAAAACGACCGUGGAGUAUCGUUCACAUUUGGCGCCGAGGUCGUUGCCAAAUUUUUACACAAGCACGACUUUGACCUCAUAUGCCGUGCGCAUCAGGUCGUCGAAGAUGGCUACGAAUUCUUCGCAAAGCGACAACUGGUGACGUUAUUCUCAGCUCCGAAUUACUGCGGUGAAUUUGACAACGCGGGUGCCAUGAUGUCAGUCGAUGACACACUCAUGUGCAGUUUUCAAAUAUUAAAACCAGCAGACAAAAGGAAGUUUACGUACGGCGGCCUCAACUCUGGUCGACCGGUUACGCCGCCAAGAGGACCCAAUAAUAAAAACAAAAAGAAGUGAAUGAGAUUCCCGGGAGCGUAAUUUAUUGACGCGGAGUUUUUAGAAUCUUAAGACCUCUCUUAUUACAAACCCAGUAAACAACACCAUCAUUCACUUCCCACCUACUCCCGUCCCUAUUGUCAUUGAUCAAAACAACAAUAAUAUUAAUAUUAAUAAUAAUAAUAAUAAUAACAACAACAACGCAACACAACACAUUACUGAUUCAACAACGGAAGCACCUCGCGACUCCGGCCCUUGUUCACUGUGACACUCAAAGACCCAUUGUCAUUAAUCAACUCUUCGAAUAUUAAUAUUGAUAAUAAUAAUAAUAAUUAAAUAUAUAAAGAUGAAAAAUAAAAAAAAAAAAAAGAAUAAAUAAAUAAAUAAAAUGAUCGAGCAAUGAUUUUCAUAAUAAUGAAGACGAGAAUCCCAAUCCCCGGAGCUUGCGCCGUCGCGAAUUCUCUUUACAAAGAAGCUGAUUAUUUAAUUUACCAGUAAAGUUCCAAGUAAUUAUCUGGACUUUUGAAUGCUUGUUAAAAGUUUAUAUUUUUAAAACAAAUUAAGAUUUAAUUAUUUUUCGGUAUUGCGUGGUAGUAUGUUUAAUUGUAAAUCUUAAUCAGUAUAAAUAUUACGAUAUUUUUUUUUUUUUUUUAUAACUUAAUUAUUCAAUAAGGAAUUACUCGUGUGAAUAUAAUGAGAGGUAAUAAGAAUUGAUGUUAUUUAAAAAAAAAAAAAAUUAUAUUCAAAAAUAAUAAUUAUAUAAAUUUGUAUUUGUCGCUUUGUCUUAAUCAUUGGAUUAGUUGUCGUUGAUCGUAAUUGAAUCUUACUAUUGUUAAUUAUUUUUGUCUGUUUAAUUCACUAGCGUUUUAUUAUUUUUAUAAUUAUUCAUAACUUGAUAAAUUAUUUAUAUUUAUUCAUUAAGUUAUGAAUAAUGCGAUACUAAAAUUUAUUAAAUAUAAAUUUAAAUUAAUUUAAUAAAUAAUGAUAAUAAUUGUAUCUGUUUGUUUUUUUAUGGCGUAGUAAUGUUUUGCCAAAGUACAAAAAUUAUAAUGAAAACGUGAGUUACGUCAUGUGAUUUUGACCUCGCUUAGAGUCUUAUGUUCACCCACGCACUUAAAUAUAUGUUAAACCCAAUGGCCCCCAUGUAUUAUCAGCCAUUUUGACUACGCACGCCCAGUUUCUUUUUUGUCUAUUAAUAUUUUUUUUUUUUGUUUAAUUUUCAUGCACACUCAAUUUAUAAAUUGAGCCAUCUUUGAAAUUUACAAUAAAAAAAAAUCAAUUUAAAUACUUGGAACGAGUUUUAAUAAAAUGAGAGAGAAAAAAUGAAGAAAGAGAUUUCUUGAUCCAAUAUGCGAUAUAAACUUGGCACGCUAUGCCUUUUAAUUUUCGCAAACAAAUAAUUCCAUCCAUGCACUGAUGAGUAAAUUGUCAUGACAAGAGAAUGCAAGAGAGAGGCUGUAUAAAAAAAAAAAAUAUGUACGAGUGAAAUUACUAAGUUUAAAUUAACCGCGUGUUAAAGAAUGGAGAUAAAAAAAAAAAACUUAAUUAUUUAUUGAAAUAAUUAUUUUAGCUCCGAGUUUAUCGAAUUGCUUAAAGAUGUUGAUGACUUGCAAAAUGUCUCCGGUCUCGUCUUCCAAUCAUUGUCAAUCUUUUUGUUUUUCUUUUAAACUUUUUUUUACACCAACAAAUCAUCAAUAUCAUUAAACUUAAACUAUCAAAUAAAUUUACAUUACACUAAUAAAGCGAAUCAGCAGAAUCGUAAGAAAAAAAAAACGAACAGCGAAUGAGAGUGAGAAUAAAAAAAAUCUAACAAAGGUCAACUUUCUUCUCGACAAAUGUAUAUCGAGAUAUUUGUAUUUAUUAAGUAUCAUUCAUUAUUAUAUCUCUUUAUUUUUUCAUUAUAUAUAAAUAUAUAUGCAUAAUUAUAUAUCUAUAUAUAUUUUUUUUUGUUUCUUAUCACGUCAUCGAAUGUCAUUGCCAUCAAAUCAUCAGCGAUUUUUUUCUUCAUUAUAAUUUUUGGAUUAUAAAUUAUAAAUAAAUUGUAACGCAUCAACACAAAUAGACUCGAUGACAUUGUUGUAAAAAUUAAAUGCACAACAGAAUGAACAAACAAUUUAAAUGGACAUGGAGAUGCCAUAUAAACAUUUAUUCAUAAACAUAAAACAAAAAAUGCACUAUUAUAUCAAGAAUUCAUAAUUAUUCACUUGCGCGCCCCGCCUACAUCCUCCUAAUUACUCUCCUUCACUUAUUCUCCCUCAUAUAUGUACAUUAAAUGAAAAAAAAUUUUUUUUUUUUUACAAAAAUAAAAACACCUUAAACAAAUAAUUAAGUUUUUUUUUUUUAAUCAUUGUGACUUCAUUUGAUCAUUUUAUAAAUAACAAUAAAUAUUUAUCAUCAUUCAGUUUU